ACACUCGGCAUCUUUUCUGGAGGCGCCUCCUUCAGCGGCUGCAGAUGGCAUCCGGCUGCGGGCUCGGGGCUCGCGAUUGAUUCUUGCCCCGGCCCACCUCGGAGCCACACGCGCGCCUCUUCCUUCUCCUCCCCUCGCGCGCCCCUGGGUCUGAGCCCAGCUGGCGCUCGCCGGGCGGAAGCCAGCAGCAGUCUCGCGGCGGCCGAGGCUAAGCAGCAGCGCGUUAGCUCUCUGACCUAGGAAGAAGCGUCCAUCCCGGGGAAGAGCCGAUCCCCGGCUGCCUCCAGCGGGCUUCCCCCCCUCCCCGCACCUCACCCCACUACCACCUUUUUGCACCCCCAAACCGGGCCCGGAGGGGGGGAGACUCUAAGGACCACCCGCCUUUUCCUCCCCAAGCGCAACCAUGCUGGACCCUUCGUCCAGCGAAGAGGAAUCCGAUGAGAUCGUGGAGGAGGAGAGCGGCAAGGAGGUGCUCGGCUCGGCCGCGUCCGGAGCGCGCCUCUCCCCCAGCCGCACGAGCGAAGGCUCGGCGGGCAGCGCCGGGCUGGGGGGCGGCGGCGGCGGCGGCGCCGGGGCCGGGGUGGGCGCCGGCGGCGGCGGGGGCAGCGGCGGGAGCGGCGGCGCCGGCGGCGGCGGGGCCGGGGGGCUGCAGCCCAGCAGCCGCGCCGGCGGCGGCCGGCCCUCCAGCCCCAGCCCGUCGGUGGUGAGCGAGAAGGAGAAGGAAGAGUUGGAGAGGUUGCAGAAGGAGGAAGAGGAGAGGAAGAAGAGGCUGCAGCUGUACGUGUUCGUGAUGCGCUGCAUCGCCUACCCCUUCAACGCCAAGCAGCCCACCGACAUGGCUCGCCGGCAGCAGAAGAUCAGCAAACAGCAACUUCAGACAGUCAAGGACCGGUUUCAGGCUUUCCUCAAUGGGGAGACUCAGAUUGUGGCUGAUGAAGCCUUUAUGAAUGCUGUCCAGAGCUACUAUGAGGUGUUCUUGAAGAGUGACCGCGUGGCCCGCAUGGUGCAGAGUGGGGGCUGUUCGGCCAAUGACUCACGCGAGGUCUUCAAGAAGCACAUUGAGAAGAGGGUACGCAGCUUGCCCGAGAUCGAUGGCCUGAGCAAGGAGACCGUGCUGAGCUCCUGGAUGGCCAAGUUUGAUGCCAUCUACCGUGGAGAAGAGGACCCCAGGAAGCAGCAGGCCCGGAUGACAGCCAGCGCAGCCUCUGAGCUAAUUCUGAGCAAAGAGCAGCUCUACGAGAUGUUCCAGAACAUUCUUGGGAUCAAAAAGUUCGAACAUCAGCUCUUGUACAAUGCCUGUCAGCUGGACAAUCCAGAUGAGCAGGCAGCCCAGAUCAGACGAGAGCUGGAUGGACGUCUCCAAAUGGCAGACCAAAUAGCCAGGGAACGCAAAUUUCCAAAGUUUGUAUCCAAAGAAAUGGAAAACAUGUACAUUGAGGAACUGAAGUCCUCUGUUAACCUCCUCAUGGCCAACUUAGAGAGCAUGCCGGUGUCUAAGGGAGGAGAGUUCAAGCUGCAGAAACUUAAACGCAGCCACAACGCAUCCAUCAUCGACAUGGGUGAGGAGAGUGAGAAUCAGCUCUCCAAGUCAGACGUCGUGCUGUCCUUCUCCUUAGAGGUGGUGAUCAUGGAGGUCCAAGGACUCAAAUCCUUGGCUCCAAACCGUAUUGUGUAUUGCACGAUGGAGGUGGAAGGAGGAGAGAAACUCCAGACUGAUCAAGCAGAGGCUUCAAAACCAACUUGGGGUACACAGGGUGACUUCUCCACGACCCACGCACUGCCAGCUGUGAAGGUGAAGCUCUUCACAGAAAGUACAGGUGUCCUGGCAUUGGAGGACAAGGAGCUUGGGCGGGUGAUUCUUCAUCCCACUCCAAACAGUCCCAAACAGUCUGAGUGGCACAAAAUGACUGUCUCUAAAAACUGCCCAGAUCAAGAUCUCAAAAUCAAACUUGCCGUCCGAAUGGAUAAACCUCAGAAUAUGAAGCAUUCUGGGUACUUGUGGGCCAUCGGUAAGAACGUCUGGAAGAGAUGGAAGAAGCGGUUUUUUGUGUUGGUGCAGGUCAGUCAGUACACAUUUGCUAUGUGCAGCUACCGUGAGAAGAAAGCGGAGCCUCAGGAGCUCCUACAACUGGAUGGCUAUACUGUGGACUACACGGACCCCCAGCCAGGUUUGGAGGGUGGCAGGGCCUUCUUCAAUGCUGUCAAAGAGGGAGACACAGUGAUAUUCGCAAGUGAUGAUGAACAAGAUCGCAUCUUGUGGGUCCAAGCUAUGUACCGGGCCACUGGACAGUCACACAAACCCGUACCACCGACCCAGGUCCAGAAGCUCAAUGCCAAGGGAGGAAAUGUGCCUCAGCUGGAUGCCCCCAUCUCGCAAUUUUACGCAGAUAGAGCUCAAAAACAUGGCAUGGAUGAAUUUAUCUCUUCCAACCCCUGUAACUUUGACCACGCUUCCCUCUUUGAGAUGGUACAACGCCUGACUUUGGAUCACAGACUUAAUGAUUCCUAUUCUUGCCUGGGCUGGUUCAGUCCCGGCCAGGUGUUCGUAUUAGAUGAGUAUUGUGCCCGGAAUGGAGUCCGAGGGUGUCACCGACAUCUCUGCUACCUCAGAGACUUGCUGGAACGGGCAGAAAAUGGCGCCAUGAUCGACCCCACCCUCCUUCACUACAGCUUUGCCUUCUGUGCAUCCCAUGUCCAUGGGAAUAGGCCUGAUGGGAUUGGAACAGUGACUGUUGAAGAAAAGGAACGCUUUGAAGAAAUCAAGGAGAGACUCCGAGUUCUGUUGGAAAAUCAGAUUACUCAUUUUAGGUAUUGCUUUCCAUUUGGUCGGCCGGAAGGUGCUUUAAAAGCUACUCUCUCACUCUUGGAAAGGGUUUUGAUGAAAGAUAUUGUUACCCCAGUGCCACAAGAGGAAGUAAAAACAGUCAUCCGCAAAUGCCUAGAGCAGGCUGCUCUGGUCAACUACUCACGCCUCUCUGAGUAUGCCAAAAUCGAAGGGAAAAAGAGAGAAAUGUAUGAGCAUCCUGUCUUCUGCUUGGCCUCCCAAGUGAUGGAUUUAACCAUUCAAAAUGUAGGCCGAUUAAUCACUCCUGCCAAAAAGCUCGAAGACACAAUACGUCUUGCUGAACUAGUCAUUGAAGUUCUUCAGCAAAAUGAGGAGCACCACGCAGAGGCCUUUGCAUGGUGGUCAGACUUAAUGGUGGAGCACGCGGAGACAUUUCUGUCACUCUUUGCUGUGGAUAUGGAUGCGGCGUUAGAGGUGCAACCCCCCGACACAUGGGACAGUUUCCCACUGUUUCAGCUGCUGAAUGACUUUCUCCGUACCGACUAUAAUUUGUGCAAUGGAAAAUUUCACAAACACCUGCAGGACCUGUUUGCCCCCCUUGUUGUUAGAUAUGUGGAUCUGAUGGAGUCCUCAAUUGCACAAUCCAUCCACAGGGGCUUUGAGCGGGAGUCAUGGGAACCAGUCAAGAGUUUAACCAGUAACCUACCCAAUGUGAACCUACCCAAUGUGAAUCUUCCCAAAGUACCAAAUCUACCAGUUAACAUCCCUCUAGGCAUCCCACAAAUGCCUACUUUUUCGGCACCGUCAUGGAUGGCUGCUAUUUAUGAUGCUGAUAACGGAUCAGGCACCUCUGAAGACCUAUUCUGGAAACUUGAUGCUCUUCAGACCUUCAUUAGGGACCUGCACUGGCCUGAGGAAGAAUUUGGAAAGCACCUAGAACAACGGCUCAAGUUGAUGGCAAGUGACAUGAUUGAAUCCUGUGUCAAAAGAACCAGGAUUGCAUUUGAAGUUAAGCUGCAAAAAACCAGUCGAUCAACAGAUUUUCGAGUCCCACAGUCAAUAUGCACCAUGUUUAAUGUUAUGGUUGAUGCCAAGGCUCAAUCAACAAAACUUUGCAGUAUGGAAAUGGGCCAAGAGCAUCAGUAUCAUUCAAAAAUAGACGAGUUGAUUGAAGAAACUGUUAAAGAAAUGAUAACACUCUUGGUGGCAAAGUUCGUAACUAUCUUGGAAGGCGUCCUGGCAAAACUAUCCAGAUACGAUGAAGGGACCUUGUUUUCUUCCUUUCUGUCGUUUACCGUGAAGGCUGCUUCCAAGUAUGUGGAUGUACCUAAACCUGGAAUGGACGUGGCCGAUGCCUACGUGACUUUCGUCCGCCACUCUCAGGAUGUCCUGCGUGAUAAGGUCAAUGAGGAGAUGUAUAUAGAAAGGUUAUUUGAUCAAUGGUACAACAGCUCCAUGAACAUCAUCUGUACCUGGUUGACGGACCGGAUGGAUCUACAGCUUCACAUAUACCAAUUGAAAACACUAAUUAGGAUGGUAAAGAAAACCUACAGAGAUUUCCGAUUGCAAGGAGUCCUGGAUUCUACCUUAAACAGCAAGACCUAUGAGACCAUCCGGAAUCGGCUCACCGUGGAGGAAGCCACAGCCUCAGUAAGCGAGGGCGGAGGCUUGCAAGGGAUCAGCAUGAAGGACAGCGAUGAGGAAGACGAAGAAGAUGAUUAGACUGUUCACUCCUAGAGCCCACUGGGAUGGAGUCUUGUAAUCAAUGCAUGUCCUUAGUCUGUUAGUUAACCCCAUUAGGGAAUUUUCUGUCAAUGACCAUGCCCAUGAGAUGUUUACCAAUACAAUUGCCAUUUUAGCUGUGUGGUACCAAGAUUAGCAAAUG